AUGGUUGACCCGUUCGACAUGGUCGGCCUCAUUGAAUUGGUUUUGGCCCAUGGGUUUCGCACAGAUCCCAAUUACCCAGGGGUCGAGAAGCUCAACAUUGUGAAGCCGAUGCCUGCAUGGUUGGAGACCCCCUACAAGCCGUUGCCAGUCCUGGAUCCCAACGGUGGUUGGCUUACUAGUCUGAUGUGUGUGGAGUGCUUGAUGUUGGUAGCUUUCAGCCCAGUGCCAGGCACAGUGUCAACAGCAACCGUGUUUGCGCUGACACAAGGUGGUGAUGAGCAAAUUGCUCCGUUUUCGAUCGCCUACGUGAAGGGGUGGCGACGUGCUUUGGCUUGCUUGAUUUGCUGUGAGGGAGUUCGCAGCCUUGGGCUCUCCACUGACGAGCUCACUUCGGACUUCAAGGCAUCACUUCAACUGAUCCAUGGAAGCGUCUGCAAGUUCUCAACCUCCAAAGAAGCAGUUUUCGCAUCCAGAGGAGCUACUCUGUCACAAACAUCAACCAGACGACCGCCGAACGCAAUGAAUUUCAUGCGCCAGCUGGAGAUCUUGAAGAAGAGUGGUGAAACUGAGUGGGACAAUGCUGCUGCAGUGGCACGUGCUUUUAGCAUCGGUCCCAAGGAGAGUGCUGCAGUGUCAAACCUUCAAGCCCAUGUGAGCCCCACUGUCACAGAGCUUCUCAAAGAGGCGACCAGGGGUCGUGGGAUGCGUCUAUGGAUCACACAUGACAUGCUGGCGCGUGAGAUGUUCAAUUUGACUUGGAGCAGUGGACAGUCUGGCCCGCUCUGUGCUUGGGUGGUUGAGCUGACAAACAAACCGGAUGACAAAUUGGCUAGGUUGUUCAUCAGGCGCCUCACAAGUGACUGGGACCGGCAGCCUGCUGGAAUGAAGCAGUGUUGGACGUACAAGACCGCUCUCCCAGUCCAUGCCGCUUGUGGCGGUUUUUUGGCGAUCAUGGAUCGUUUGCAGAGCUCCAUCCCUCAGGCGGACUUUCAGAGCGUGGAGCAGCAAAUCUGUGAUCAGUUUGCGGUGGGUAUUUUGGAUGGUGACAUACUUCACUUCCUGGAGAGCACAGUUCCCCCAGCGGAUCUCAAGCAGGUGACCUUUGUCAGGACUGUAACAGUCACAUGUUGA